AUUUAAAGAUACCAGGUUUCGCAAGCAAGUUGCAGUAAUAUUUUCCACGCGGCUGGAACGCGACGAUCAUCAGUGAGUGGGACGUAAUUGAUUUUUAAGAUGAAAACAAUUAUUUUUCUAACUUGCAUUGUGAUCUUUAUAACCCAGUCAGUCGGAAAUGAGAUUCCUUGUACUACACCGAACAACCUCGCCGGGAACUGUGUUCCGAUUGAAAAAUGUGCACACCUGUUUGCUUCCAAGCAAUUAUACCAAACAUCACCAAAUCCGCGGGAGAGUGACAUCCGCAAUGCCACAUGCAACAUUGAGGCUUCGACAAUGGGCGUUUGCUGUGCCACCGAGAAGAUCUUCGAGCUACCGGAAAAAUGCGGCCUUUCAGACUCAAAUCGCAUCGCCAACGGUAAUGAGACGGAGAUGAGCGAGUUUGCCUGGAUGGCUUUGCUGAUGUAUCGUGAUCUGGACAGCAACGAGGUGGACAGUAGGUGCAGUGGAUCGUUAAUUAGCGUACGAUAUGUCGUUACGGCGGCGCAUUGCUUACCAAGAGAAUCUGAAGGCCGGGAUUCGAGUAAACUUGAAUUUGUUCGGCUUGGAGAGCACAUUAUCAGCACUAACCCAGAUUGUGUAAAUUUCACCGAACUGAACGGAUAUUUCGAAGAAGUUUGUGCAGACCCUGUAGAAGAUGUUGCCGUGGAGUCUUAUGUGAUCCAUCCCGAUUAUCGCAAAAGUUUUAUUGGUGACGAUAUUGGACUGAUUCGGCUAGCAGAGGCGAUAGUCUUCAAAACGCACAUCAGCCCGAUAUGUCUUCCCAUGAGCGAGGAAUUGAAAGAUUCUCUGCUACCGAAUUACAUUGUGGCCGGCUGGGGAUACACACAGAAUAUGGAACCAUCGGACGUGCUAAUGAAAGCUUUACUGCCUCGAAUUGAUCGGGAAGCGUGUCAGCAGUGGUUCAAUCCUUAUAAAAAGAUGUACAACAUCAAAAUAAGUGAGAGGCAAAUUUGCGCAGGAGCUGUCGGGUUGGUCGAUGCCUGUGCUGGGGACUCCGGUGGUCCACUGAUGUGGGCAACAAAAUACAAGGCUGGAUUAUCACGAUACGUACUGUUCGGAGUGGUUUCAUAUGGAGUCGAGUCAUGCGGGGUAAAGGACCUCCCCGGGUUGUACACACGUGUUGGUAGUUAUUUAGAGUGGAUAUUGAAUAAUAUGAAAGCUUAAACUAUGUUUAGGUAUUACGUAUAUUAUCUCAAAUAAAGCACAAUUGGAACAUUUUUCAUUUUUUUAAAGUGAAA